AACGGAAGAUGGGAGUGGUAAUUCUAUUUCCAACGAGGCUGAAGAUCCUAAGGUGAUGUGGGAGAAGAAGGGCUUAUCUUUUAGGGAAGUUUCCACCUUGUUAUUGGUUUUUGGAUGUUUUCAUGGAAGAAGAUGAAGACUUUCUAGAAUGCAAAAACCCAAACCAACUGGUGGUGGACCAAGGAGGAAACACAAUGGCAGGAUGCAAGGAGGGACUUCUUAAUAAUCAAUGUUUUGGGAAGAAAGUUUGUUUUCACGUGUCUUAAAAAAUCACUUGAAGUCAUUGUGGAAACUCCAAGGUGAGUUGAGUUUUCACCUUCUGAAUCUCCUUGGUGGAGGAACUGUCCAUGGGUAAUUCCAAAUCAAUAUCUCUGUGCACAUGGUUAGCAACAUGUAUAAGGAUCCCUGAGUUCCCAAAGGAAUCCUAUGCCAAAAAAUUGCUCAUCCUGACAGUUAAUGGCAUUGGCGAUAUGGUUAAAAAUGAUCACUUUUAUAUUGUUGUGGCUAGAGAAUGAUACGCGAGAUGCAUAACAGUGGUUUUGCACAAAAGCUUCAUCUCAAGUUUCAAAUUUGGCAAAGGAACCUGCUUUAUUGAGAAUGAAAAUCUUGACAGAGUCAAUUUUGAGUGCAAAAAAUUUAGUCAGUGUGAAAAGAGGAAUGGAAGGCAAUGGCGAAACAUGUAAAGUGGAUCAGUAUGGGCUAGGUUGGUUGCAAAUUGGGCAACAAGAUUCUUUUUGGGGCACAAACGUUGCUAUAGUCUGAUGCAUCCACACUCCAAUUUUGGGAGGUUUCUUAGCUUUUUCAGUUACCAAAUUUGGGUUCCACCAUUUAACCAAGAAAAGUUGAAUACUUUUCUUCUUUGGUGCUAGCCGGGAAUGGAAAUGGUUCAAUAACGACUAUUACUUUUUAUUCGAUACUAGUCGAGAUAAUUUGACAUGCUUGUGUACCUAUACAGUUAGAGAUUGUCAAAUCCAGAGGAAAAAUUAUAAACUAACAAGGCCCUUACUGUGAUUUUUGGCUAUUUUCUCGUGCUUAUAUAUAUGUUAUGAAAACAGAAUAUCAUUUUGCAUUUUGCUUGUAGGCCACUAUUUACUGGUUGUUCAUGAUAAUGUUGCACUCAUUUUCUUGACUGAAUUUCAAAAUUUAUAGUAUUAUCACAUUCAUAACAUAUCCUAUUAAUUAUAUGAAUUCCUUCUUCAAUUUGGUAUGCUGACAAUAGCCUGAUGAGUUCCUGUCGAGGCAAAGUGACUUGCAGUGAGCAUUAAGAUGCCAAAUUAAAGCCUCCCCUUCCAGUUCUGUGUCGUGUGCGAAUGCUGCAGAAGAGGCAGUGUUGACAUGCACUUUUGAAUACCAAGCAAGCAUCAUGCAAUUGCAAUGACUUGUGUAUGCAAGCAAUAUGCUACUGAGAUUUUCCUGUUCCCAAGUUGGAAGUAGCAUGGUUGGUUUAGCAGCACUGGGUUUUUGAUGGUGCUAGUGGGAGAGCUUUUCCGUCAAGUUUCCAUCGUUGGACUUUCAUACUGAUGAUCAGAAAUAUCGGGACAAUCAUGGGAUUUUCACUCAAGGUAUUUAGAGCGAUCGCAGGAGUCAUCAGAGUGCAAUCCAUCCAAUUCCAAGACGAAGAGGAAGAGGGAGGGGAAGAGGAAGGCGAGGGAGGGAGGGGAAGAGAGAGAGAGAGAGAGAGAGAGAGAGAGAGAGAGAGAGGGCAAGGCGAAUUCGAGCUCGCUUCGCGCUUGGAAGAAUCGCGGCGCGUUACCUCCUCCAUGCUCCGAGUUCCCGGCGACCACCUCCGGCUCUCCUCCGCAUUCGCAUCCGGGCAUCCCUAAGACCGCGGAAUCAAUCUCCGGUACUUCCCCAGCGUCCAAUUAGCCUGCAAAGUUGAGAUCUUUGUCCGACUUCCGGAGCUGGAACUUUUUUUUGUGCCUUUAGUUAUGUUCAGUUCUUAGGGGUUUGAUCCCGCUCGGUCUCAAUUGUCUUCUUGUGGAAGGUGGCCGUAGUUAGUUCGAGCUCGGGAUCAUUGAUCACCGAGUGGAUCUUUUGUUGCUUUAGGGUUUUCUUUGUCGGAUAUGAGAUGUCUGCUUGCUUGUUCCUCGUGGACUAGUAUAAUAUUGGUAAUAGUUGCUGGAAUUUUCUGGAGUCGGAGAUGGAUCGCGAUUUAGAUUUCACAAAAUUGAGAAUAAAGCAAAUGGGUCAGUAGUUCCAUUACUCUAAUGCGAUAAACGUCUGCGAUACAUUGAGAAAUGCCGACUACAUCACAACCUUCACAGCGCAGCCGGAUCAAUCUUGGUGAUCUCAAAUUGCAGAUAGCAAAGAAACUCGGCCCUGAGCGCUGCCGGAUAUACUUUGGUUGUUUGAAUCAGUUAUUAGCACAGAAGCUGAGCAAACGAGAUUUCAAUAAGUAUUGUCUUCGGAUCCUUGGGCGCCAGAACAUUCCUUUACACAAUCAGCUUAUUCAAUCAAUUCUGAAAAAUGCCUUUCGAGCCAAAACCAUGCCUCUGUGUAGCCUUGAGAGGGCUACCCCAAAGCCCCUCGAAGCUCUCAGAAACAAAUCAACUUAUGAAGAGAACAUCAAUCAUUUGGCAACUGCAGCCCCAACAAACAGCAAAUGGUCAAAUGGGUAUAUUUUUCCACCAUCACCUCGGAAAGUCAGGUCAUGCAUUCGAGAACGGAGGAACAGAGAGCAUGCUGUUUCUAUUAGACAGAAUGGAGGUGCGACAUCACAAUCUAAAAUGGCCAUAGAUGAGAAUACUGUUAUAGAGAAAAGUGGCGCCGUUGCUCCACAUGAUUUGAAGAGAUCGAUGCAGCAUCACCAAGGUUAUAUUCCUUCUGAGCAGCGACCACUGGUAGAUGAUUUGAUGCCACAAAAUGAAGCAUUUGCAAAGAGGAACAAGUUCUGCGACAUUGUAGCUGUCGAUAUUGGACAAGAAUUGCAACAAUCUAAUGAUUUAAACCCCAGAAAGUUUACUCUCCAAGCUCCACUAGGGAUCCCUUUAUGCCCUGCAAGUCUAGGUGGGGCACGAAGAGCUUUCUAUUCGGUAACAACUUCCAGCGGUGGUUUUCAUGGCAGCAACUAUUCUGGCGGAGAAUUAUGUGAUACUGAAGCACUACAGAAAAGGAUGGGGAAAAUGGCAGAAAUACUUGGUUUGGAAAGAGUCACAUUGGACUGCUCUAACCUGCUAAAUAAUGCCUUAGAUACUUACUUGAAGGGUCUAAUUAGGUCAUGUAUUGAAUUAUCAGGAACUAGGUUAGGUCAUGAUCAAACAAAUCAUCCAACCUUCAAGCAGGAAGCUCAAUUGAAGCCAACUAAUGGUUUCUGGUCUGGAAUUCACUUGCACGUACAUAAUAAUGGUGGAUCUUUCAAUAACAAACAAAGGCAGGAAACACAGUGUAUGGUUUCUUUCCAAGACUUUAGGGUAGCAAUGGAGCUGAAUCGACAGCAACUUGGUGAAGAUUGGCCAUCACAACUUGAGAAAAUCUGCUUCCACUCUGGUGAAGAUUUAUUCAACCCGACCUGAAGGUUCCUUGAUUUGUCAAAUUCUUGUUUGAUCCAUCUUUGCAAACAUCAAGGGAUAGUUUGUUUAAUUACUUGGUAUCUUCCCAUGGAAUAUUACCAUGGGAUAGGGAGAAAUCUCUCUGGAAUAGAUUCUUUAUAAUAACUCCGCCUUAUCUAUAUGAAUCAUCUCUUUUGAAUCAUAAUUCAGUCAGUGACUAAAGAAAGUUUGGUUCAAUCCUGGAAAUUUUAGGAGACACGAGUUACCAAAACCAGAUAGUUCAUGCUGUCAUAUGACCUACAGUGUUUUAGGAGGAAUCAGUUUUGCAGAUUACUAAUGUGUAACUUUGAUAUAGGUGAAAUCAGUUUUGUAAGUUCUUGUGGAAUCAUGUUGUUUGUAUAUUAAUUUCUUAAGUUUCUUGGGCAGUCUUUACAAUGGCAAUUUCUUGUUCAUUAAUUUUUGCAAUGUCCCAACACAUGCUACAUUAUUUAUCA